UCCUGGCUCGCUAUGUGCUGCUGCCCGGCACUCAUUCUAUUGCUGCACGCAAAUAGUGGUAGAGGGCGGCCCGGGGGGUAAUGAGUAACAACCAGCGGGUGCGAUGAUGGGGUGCAUCGCAAAUAUUGGCCGAACUUCAGGCUCAUUGAGAAUGCGCUGUCAGCAUAUCGAGACCAUUGAAGUGGGCGAUUCUGCAGCGUCCCGAAAUGAAAGGGAACUCUGUGCAUCGUCGCGUCUGAGGAGCCCUGUCACUCUGCUGCCAUCGACCCUGUCGCCGUGUACCGACAACAAUGUGGGAGCCUCUGCGAGCUCACUACGAUUCCACGCCCGCCUCAAGCUUGUCAAGUGCAAGCGAAGCAUCCAUGGCGGCCAUCAAACCUCCAUCUGGCCAGUCAGCUAUGUAAAUAACCGCAGUGGAGUCGGGCAAAGGUGGGUGGUUUCGAACCGUAUGCUCCUCUCAUUUCCCCUGCCCGCGGUGCGGCGGCCGUCCGUGACCGCUCAUGGGGUCAGCCCGUCGAACCACGGCUUGGCAUUGUAUGGAGAGGCAGCGGGAUGAACAAGAACAUGGUGGUGGUGGUGGGAAACCUCCACUGGCAUUGCUCACUGAGAUUGCGACUAUUUUCGGUGCACGAAACCACCAGCGUCGCCCGUCUGCUUCAAGGUGCUUGCAUACGUCCACGCUUACACUGGAUAACGCUCACAAACAUGCACACGCCGCAUUGCCAGCAUUUGAAAACAAAGGUGCAAACUGGAAACUGGAAACUAGAAACUAACUAUGCUUGGUGCCGUGAGGACUGUGCCGUUGCGUUUCCUGCGCUGUCUUUGAGCU